AUGCCUUCAGCGAUUGCGGCGACCCCUGCUGACCCGUCUUCGCACCCGAACAAUCCGAACAACUACGCAGUCCUUCCUCCUCCUUCAGAUGGCGACCAUGGCCAUCUUCCUCCACCAGCAAAUACACCUUCUUCUUUGGCUGUAGCCCUCCGAUCGCUAAACGAUUUGACCGAAACCCCCACCUAUGCGCGAAGUGUCACUUCGACAGCGCCGAGCUCGCCACGCAUUCCUCCAUUGCGACAAAAUUCGGGCGGUCACACACCACGAGUGCGACCUCAUGCCACAACACUCAACAUCCCGGGCAUGACCCGGUCCAGAGUCUCGCCCGACGGAAAGAUUUCUUCUCGCGAUGUUGCCGCCAAGCUUGUUAUCGUCAUGGUUGGCUUGCCAGCUCGAGGAAAGUCAUACAUCACCAAGAAGCUUCAAAGAUAUCUUUCUUGGCAACAGCAUGAUUCUCGCAUUUUCAACGUUGGAAAUCGAAGACGUGUGGCUGCUGGGCGCAGAGUUUCUGUGCACCCCAAGCUGCAGCCAGAGGGAGAGCACUUAGACCCCCCUGUGCACGCCGCCUCCAUUUUGCUAAACGGCAAUCCCACACCCUUUGGCCCUGAUCAGUCAGAACCGGAGAAGCUUGACCUUAACGAUGCUGCUCAGUCAGAGGUGGACCAGUCUGCCACAUUCUUCGACCCAAAGAACCAAACGGCUGCUGCCAUGCGCGAGCAAUGUGCCAUGGAUACUUUGGACGAGCUGCUGGACUAUCUGCUGGACCAGGGGGGUGCUGUCGGCAUUCUCGACGCCACAAAUAGUACCAUUGAGCGAAGAAUGAAUAUUGCUAAGCGCGUCAAGCAGCGGGAGCCCAAGCUGGGUAUCCUCUUCAUUGAGAGUAUCUGCCAGGAUCCCAACCUUCUCGAAGCAAACAUGCGCUUGAAGCUUUCAGGCCCUGACUAUCGCGACAAGGAUCCCCAGAAGUCAUUGGCAGAUUUCAAGAAGCGAGUCGCCGCCUAUGAGAGCGCAUAUGUCCCUCUAGGCGAGUAUGAAGAGAAGAACGACUUGCAAUACAUCCAGAUGGUUGACGUGGGACGAAAGCUCAUUCAACAUCGAUUGAAGGGUUUCCUCAGCAGCGGAAUCAGUACUUAUCUUGCCAGCUUUAACCUCGCUCCUCGGCAGAUUUGGAUUACCCGACAUGGCCAGAGUGUCGAUAACGAGAUCGGAAGAUUGGGUGGAAACUCAGCCCUGACCGAGCGCGGACAUUGCUACGGUCAGGCUCUUCACAACUUCAUCACUUAUCAGCGCAAGCAAUGGUGUAUGGAGCAAAAGAGCAAGAAGGCUCAGGCUUCUUUCCCUCCUAUUCCAGGCGACAACACACCUCCUUAUCCUGAACUGAACCGAGAAAUUGAAGACAAGAAUUUCUGCGUUUGGACUUCAAUGCUUGACCGCAGUGUGGAAACAGCCGAGUAUUUUGAAGCCGACGACGACUACGAUGUCAAGAACUGGGAGAUGCUCAACGAAAUGAAUUCGGGUCAGUUCGAGGGCUGGACAUAUGCCGAGAUCGCGAGGAAGGAGCCCGAGGAGUUUGCCAAGCGAGCGCACGACAAGCUUAACUACAUCUAUCCUGGAGUUGGUGGCGAAGGCUAUCUUCAGGUUGUUAGCCGUCUGCGCGAUAUGGUUCGAGAAGUUGAGCGUAUCGAGGAUCAUCUUCUCAUCAUUGGACAUCGCUCUGUUUGCCGAGUCUUGAUGGCUUAUUUCAUGGAUUUGUCCCUGGCAGACAUCACAGAUAUGGACAUUCCUCUGGGCAUGCUCUACUCUAUUGAGCCCAAGCCUUACGGUCUCGAUUUCCAUGCCUACCGGUAUAAUGAGGAUCAGGGUUGGUUUGAGGAGCUGCCCAACUACAAGCCUCAGAAGACUGCUCGCAACAGCAUCAUCAAGCCACAACAUUAACCAUUUCUAGCACCUACGGUAUCGGUCGACAUGUAUAACAGUUUUAUUCGGAGUUCGAUGGCUCGGUAUUUCCUAUGGAUUAUAUUUCCUAUGGCGUUUAGCGGGACACGGUAUUUGACGAUUGAUGCGCAUAAAGAGGAGUCAUCCGCACUAUCAAUGGGACAGGAGGGCAUUAUUUAAAGACGAAGGAAAUGGCGGCGGCGUUCUCUGUCCGAUUGACGAGUCGACAUGCCUUUGAAGGCGCGACACAAUUGUUCUCAUCUGUAAUUUGAUUCAGGCGUUUCUCAGGGUUCUCAUUUUUAUGAUUGAGACUAUGGAUUCGGGUGGUUAUGGUGUCGGAGUGGUGCACCAGCCCAUGCUGUGUGUUGUGUUUUAUCCCUAUUGUUUCCUUGCCGCAGGCGAUGAAGGAAUUACCAGAAGUUAGAUGGGACAGGUGUGUGACCGAUAGAUACGCAGCAUGAGCUCACGCCAACGGAUGGGCUACUCAGUAAAAGUUUGAGUGCUAGGGUCUUAGCUGUCUAGAUUCAUAGUUCUGAGA